UGCAUUUGUUUUGAUUAUCUCAAUUAAAAUUUACGAGUUUUAUUAUUCUGACUAAGAAAAUUCUAAAAAUUCGAUAUAGCAAGUAUUAUUUACCAUUUGAAUAAAGGAAAUUGUGUACAAAUUUCAUUCCACUACAAAUACAAAUUACAAAAUGGUUUGUGUGCCUUGUUUCAUCAUUCCUGUGCUGCUGUACAUCUGGCACAAAUUUAUCCAACCAUAUGUAUUACCUAUUAUACAGCGUUAUUGGAAUCCUUGGGAGAAAAAGGAUACUCAGGGUAAUGUAAUAAAAAAUACACCCGAGUUUCCAUUCGAAUGCAAAGGCGGCGCUUGCCCCUUCACUGGAUCUAAAAACAAAACUUUAACCAAUGACGGAAGUGAAAAGUCAGCUGUUGUGAAGGACGCUGUGGAUUCCAGCUCCAGUGGGCCAGAUGCAAAGAAAGAAAACUGAAAUUAUACUAGUGCAAUUAGGUUACAUGUAUAACUGUAUGUAAUAUACAAUUUACAACUUAAUGACCAAUGAAAAAUACAUAAACUUGGGGCUGGGCAUAAUGAAGGCAACUAUAUGAUUACUGUAUAAUCAAAAGCAGACGGGUAUUAGUGACACUUUUGCACAGCUGUGUGCAAAGUAAAUUUUUUUGUUUUGCAUUUUAAAUAACUGUAUUACCUUAGCUAAACAUUUAAUUGUAAAUAAAGCUGAUUUUUCGAACUAAAA